AUUUCGCAAUAAAAACACGUUGUUUUUGUAAACUAUGGCCAUAUAGGCGAUCUUAAUGUAAUGUAGCUUGCUAACCGGUUACCAGCUUCUUCGAUUAACGUUAAACGUCGAAUCCAACCGAUCACAGAUCAGUUUCACUCCUCAGUACUGUUGUUAUCACAAACACGCGGAGGAAUGCCUGUCAGCGAAUAUCAUUUACAUUGUUUCACUAGCAGAAGACUACUCAUCAGCACACAGUCUGUCAGCUGUAGCCAAAGUAUAUAUACAUUAAGCCAUAAUCAGAGAGAUGGAUGACAUCCAGGAGAUCUCAGAACCCGGCAGUCCUCUGUACAGUCCCCGGAUGAAGCCCGACACUCCGGACUCCCUGAAUAAUGCCUGUCUAUUAAAUGACAGUGACCUCCUGUUUGAAGACCGUGGACACUCAAAUGAAUUCUCCACUUUUGUUCCCGAGACCCCAAGCCCCCUGACUCACAGAAGAAAACAACAUUCCCAGAAAGAUGACAACAGAAAUGUGGCAACAUCAUCCUGUUCAGAUGGAAGCAAAUGGGAAGGACGAGAACACAUUCUAGGAUACCUCAGCACCACUCCAAGCUCCCAGAGAACGAUGAAGCGGCGCAGGCUGGAGGACUCAAAUGCAAGCACGCUACGUGGACACUCUGCAGUUACAGGAGCAAACAGAUUUGUAACGGCCUCGUCUCUUUUAUCCUCCAAUUUUAAAUGGUUGGAGUCUCCACGUCCAGCAACCUCCUAUGCUUCUCGUGUUUCUGCAUCUUCCAAGCCCUCGUCCUCAGCUGGGUCUUCCACGUGUGCACUGGAUCAAAGUAGUGAUCCGGCAUAUUUAAAUGAGCUGCUAGUGAUGGGUCACACCUCUAAGCAAAAGACACUGAACACCAGCAAUGGAAGGGAACAGAGGUCCAAAAAGACCAUCUAUAGCAAGACCAGAUCUAAAGCCUCUAAAAGUACAUCAGCACACUCUCCUUUAAACGCAAUAGAGUAUGAAGCUUCACUGCUGGAUGCAGCAAAGAGAAUGCAAGAACCAGUGCGUUCACCUGUAUGUCAGAUACCAGAAAACAUUGUCAUCAUUGAGGAUGAUGCUGAUGAUGUUGAGAGCAUGGUCCACUCCGUUCAUAUGGCUGAGGAUGAAGCGUAUGCCAGAAGCCUUCAGGAACAGUUUGAUUUGGAGGAGCGAAUGGAGCAGCAGAGGCUACAGAGCAGAUCGUCAAACAGAGACAACCACAUGGUUGAUCCGUAUGUUGGAUUGGGCUGGAUCUCUCCUUGGGCCUCAAUGAUCACCUCUGCAUCAUUCUCACGUGGAUCCUCUGAGCUUUCAGAGCUGCAGCAGGUCAUCUUUGGAGAGCAACCCCGCAGACAACAGGGCCGCCAUCAAACCAACAGAACUCGCAAUUCCCGGCGCAGACAAGCUUCUCGCUUGCAGAUGGACUUGUUUGAUGACAGUCAGGGAAAUAAUUAUGAGGCUCUCUUAGCAUUCGAGGAGCAACAAGGUGCUGUAGUAGCCAAGAACACUCUGACAAAGGCCAAGAUCGAACGGCUGCCCGUGAAAACAUACGAUCCCGCACACAGCGCAGGAAAGACAGAUUGCCAGAUCUGUUUCAGUGAGUACAAGGCGGGUGAACGACUCAGGAUCCUUCCAUGUCUCCAUGAUUACCACGUCAAAUGCAUCGACCGCUGGCUAAAGGAGAACGCCACAUGUCCAAUCUGCAGAGCGGAUAUAUCAGAGUGUGGUGGUUUUUCUUGAGCUCACAACUUCAGGACUCAGAAUCUACCUCACAGCUGGUCAUUUGACCCUGUUAGAUUUUUAAACAGUCUUAUUUUGUGUGUCAUUAAAUGAUUUUACAUGCAAAAUAUCGUCCAAGGUUGGAACCAGCAUAAAGCACUGCCAAGCACUGUUUUAUUUAGAAAGAUCCUUCUAAAAUUUAUCAGACAUGACUGUAUCACACCAGUGGCAACAAACCUGUUACGACACUGUUAGCAAUAGCUAAACUUGAAUUUCUGACUUACAAAUAGAAUCACUUUAUAUACACUUUCUGUCCAUUUUUAUUAUAACCGAGACAAAAAAUAUAUAUGUUGCUGUUACAGUCAUUCUAUCACUGUUGUUUAUGUAAAUAUCAGGCAUCAUGCCAUGUAGCAUGUGAUUUUAUUCACUCUGUUUCGUAAUAUCGCUUCUUCAAGGCUCUGUACUUCCGGAGGUAAUAGAGGGCCUCGAGCUCUUUCACCACGAAUUCUCCUCGGCUGAUGAGCUCUUCGAUCUUUUCGGGGUCGCGCACAUCUUUAUUCUUAGCAAACACAGCCCUCAGUCUGUCUCUGGAAUAGUCGGCUUUUUUCGGAUACUCCCGUCCAAGAAACAGCAACUUCAAGCAGAAGAAUCAGAAGACAGGAUUAUGAAUUUCUAAUGCCUAGAGUCACAGAUGUGUGCAGAAUUGGCAGAAUUUUUUUCAUACUUGAAUGUCCAUUCUCUUAAUAUAAAUGAAGACUAUGACUUAAUAUAGCUAGUCGAUAUUGGGCAGAUCAGGGCUAGUUGUCAAUUUUAAGUCCAAUGAAUACUGUGCUACCAAGUAAUACUUGGUUUAUUUUUCGAGGUAAUUCUGUAAAAGAUUUUUUUUUGCUAAAAAAAAAACACUUGUAACGCCUCAGCAGAUCAGACCAAUCUUU